AUGGCAAAUACCGCUGGUUCCGCUUUAGAAAAGUUAAGUGAAGUAGGAAUUCAUGUUAUUUGUGGAGCAAUAUUGCUAUUACGAUCACCAAUUGUGUCCACAAGUGAUAUCACAAACGUUGCGAAACGCUAUAGUACAAAUGCAGUUCAAAAUCGUAACUUGGCUAUCAAAAUUUUGGAACAGCAACGUUUACUUGGGAGUGGAAUGUACUAUGGUAAGAAAAGCAGGGUUAAUAAUCGUGUAACAACAUCAGUUGGUUUUGCGAAAUUAUUUCCAACGACAAAUUCGGUUUUCGAACAAGAAAAAUUUAGUAAACAUUUAGCUGAAUAUAAGUUGAAAUUACCGCAAUAUUUAAAUUAUUGUAAAAAAUAUAAACAAGCUAAAUUACCAGCCCAACAUGGCUUUAGUGAGCUGGCUGAAAGAUUAUUUGAAUCAGCUGACUAUGGGGAUUAUGUUAAAUAUGAUAAAACAAAAGUUUUACAUCCAGUAGCAACAUCUUUAUCGGAAAAUUUCACUGAAAAAGGUAAGAAUGUUAAUGAUAGAUUUCUACCUCGAAAGAAACGAAACAGAGAAUCAAAUCGAGAAACAGCCUCAUCGCCACAGUCAGUUAAAAGACAACGAAAAUCACCAGUAAUUGCACAACAAAGGUAAUAGUAAAUUACUUAUAAUCAAGUCUGAUAGUAACUUUUUUGUUUAUUGUUUUGAUUAUUUCUUGAUUAUUACGAUUUUGGCCACGUUUUUGUUUCGUUUUUCUUGUAUCAAUAUCUUCUCUUUUAUGAGCUCUCAGUUUCUCUAUUUUUCCUCGUAACUGCGACCAUCGUAAAAAAUAAAGGUCGCGAAGGUGAACUUUCAACAGCUUUGAAUUGUCUAAAACAAUUGCCAAAAAUCCCAUUUCAUUCGACGUACGUAGCCAUCGAUGAAUAAUCGACAAUACGUGCUUAUUCUCGUGAUACAUUUCUAUGACCAGAAGCUUACAGUCAAUGGAAUAACAAUAAAUAUAACAAUUUUGCUUCUUUUCAAAGCUGUCACUUGUUUUUGUUGAAGUUCAAAAGAUGUGUAUAUUUAAACUUUAUUCAAAAUGACGCUGAUCUUAAAUCGGCUUCUUGCUAAGCAACUCGACGAGCUCUGCCCAUCAUGCCAAAAACGAAAAACGAUCAUGCUAUCUUUUUCAGUAGCCGGCAUCUUAACUAAUAUAUUUCCGUACUGUUCUUAAGUAAGAGCAAAAUUUAUGAAACCUCAGUAAUUUUCCUAGCCAAGUUACGAUUUUGAACUACAUUUGUACUGCAGCGUUUCGACACGUUUGUGAUAUCACUUGUGGACACAAUUGGUGACCGUAAUAGCAAUAUUGCUUCACAAAUAACAUCAAUUCCUACUUCACUUAACUAUUCUAUAUAAAGUCAACAGUUUUUAUCAAUUCUGCUAUAAAAAAAACAAUGUCGAAAACAGUCAUAGUCCUAUUUAAUUCAUUUUGUCCUUUCUAUUAGAACUACUGCUUUUCAUAUUCUUGAUAGCACCUUUUAGUUUGUAACUUUUACCUGCUGAUUCUUCAUCUAAUGCUUGCUCAUUAUCACCCAUUACUCGUCCCUCAAAUGUCUGUUCUUCUACAUUAAUAGUUGUUGCAGGUUGAUCAACAAUUGUUGUCUGACCAUUUGCAGUAUCUCUCAAUUGGUAGUUAACUAGGUACAUACAACAACAAAAGAAGUGUGUAUGAUGAACGUGUAAACUACUAUCCGUCACAAAGAUAAGUUACAAGGCAAUUGAUUAUUUCUGGAAUACCUCAAUCACACUGAUAGAUAGCGAGCUGCGAUUUUCACCCUUGUGUUGCUAAUACCCUAAGACAUGUUUUUGUAACAGUAGUGGGCGAGAAAUCGUCAAACCGAAAUUAUGUUCGUCCCACGAGAAUUUUGCUACGAAACUAGCAGAAGUUACCUCUGAGUGGUGGAGAUACGGCGAUGUAUCAAUUUUGCCUUUUGCGUCAGUCCCUCGUGCGAACUACCCUCCCUUGCAUGAGAAUCAUCCUCAAGCAAUAAAAUAUCAGAAUUUUGUACAUCUUCAUAGAAACUCUUUUGCUCAGAUCACCAGAAUAAUGCAGAUAGUCUAGAACGAAUAAUGCUCUCUUCACGAGAAUUUUUUUUAUGUCGUCAAAGAAAGUUGAUUGUCUGGGUCACGAGAAUAUUGUUUAUACACGAGGACUAUGCUGUUUUGUGUGAGAAUUAUGGUGUCUUCACUAGAAUUUUCACGGUGCAUUUUUCUCGUUGGAGUAACAUAAUAGCGGUUUCUUGAUUUCUCUCCCGCCCCUCCAACUUUAGUGUGUAGCAAACCGACCUCCAAUGACAACUUUAGAUCGGUUAAAGGAGAUGAAUACAAGUGAAUAACUUUCAACGACGUGAAAAAUCUUUGGAAAAUAGCAGUAACGGUCGGAAAAAUUAUAUUUCCUCGCAGGAACUGUUUUAAAACUAGUGCUUUUAAUAUUACUAUAGGUCCCGAUCAGAGAUGCAACCGAUCAACAAAAUCAUAACCGGUACCGGCCAGUCACCGGUUACCGGUGAACAUAUGCAGACCGGACCGGACCGACCGGUUGACCGGUCAUUCUUAUAAAAAUUUUGACCGGUAGGCAACCGGUACUGACGUUUGAGUGCGAGAGAAAUGUUUAAAUCU